GGAAUCCAUUUUUGUCUUGGCUCUGACGUGCUUCCCUCUAAUCGCAAGGAUGCCAUUGUGAAUUCUCAAGAGGUAACGCUUCUUUAACCCGAAAGGCUUGAGCUUUGCGUUUCUGUUUCUAAGAUUAAUGAUUCGUGUAUGGAAAGUUGUGUCUUUUCUCUGAUCGUUUCCACUGCCAACAAGCUUGUUCUAGUUUGGAUCUGAGAAGAAAUUAGGGUUUUCGAUUGCAGCUGUAAUGCUGUUCCUGUAUAAUGAUUUUUUGAGUUUUGCUUUGUUGGGAUUUUGAGGUUUUCUCCUUCAUUGCGUAACUCUGCUUUUGUAUUUGAAAUUUUGGAUCCUUUAGCCCGUGGAAUGUGAAUUAAGAUUUAUUCUCGAUACUUGAAUACCAACUAGUUUUGGGGCGUUUGGGAUUUUGGGAGUUCAUACCAUGGAAGUUUAUACGAUGGAGGGAGGAGGGGAAUCUGCGGGGUCUGGGUCUGGUAAACUCGUACCCCCCCAGUUGAUGAAAAGUGAGUAUUUUCGUGAAGGUGAGCAGUUGAUGAAAAGUGGGCCUUUUGGUGAAGAGGAUGGUUGCAUUAAGCAGGUGGCAUCUCUUAGAGGAUCUGGAGUGAGGAAUACAAGCCCGUUAGGGCGAGUAGGGUCAAGAAAUAUUAGUCCUUCUAGGCAGAAGGUGAUUAAGACCAAACCACGCGGCUUAGACGAAGAAACAGUUUCUACAUUUGGCAAAGCAGCUCACCCUGCUGUUCAGAUGGAAGAUAAUAUAUGGGCAAUGUUACCUGAAGAUUUGCUUAGUGAAAUUUUGGCCAGGGUUCCUCCAUUUAUGCUCUUUCGGCUUCGAUCUGUUUGUAAACGGUGGAAUUCAAUUCUUCAAGAUAAUAGUUUUCUUAAAUUUCAUGCACAAGUGCCAUCUCAUGGGCCUUGUCUUCUCACAUACUGGAAGAACUUGCAGACACCACAAUGCUCAGUUUUCAGCUUGCCAUUGAGAACAUGGUUUAGGAUCCCAUUCACAUUUUUGCCACAGUGGGCAUUCUGGCUGGUUGGCUCUUCCGGUGGUCUAGUCUGCUUCUCUGGACUUGAUGGGCCGAAUUUCAAAACCUUAGUUUGUAAUCCCCUCACACAGUCUUGGAGGACCUUGCCGAGUAUGCAUUAUAAUCAGCAAAGACAGUUAGUUAUGGUUGUUGAUCGGAUGGACCGAUCCUUCAAAGUCAUAGCCACCAGUGAUAUUUAUGGUGACAAUUCAUUGCCAACUGAAGUAUAUGAUUCAAAGCUCAACAGUUGGUCACUUCACCAGACAAUGCCUGCUGUCAAUCUAUGCUCCUCAAAGAUGGCAUUUUGCGACUCCAGGUUGUAUUUGGAAACCCUUUCACCACUUGGUUUGAUGAUGUACCAGCUGGAUACUGGAUACUGGGAACACAUUCCAGCUAAGUUUCCAAGGUCUUUGUUGGAUGGGUAUCUAGUUGCUGGCUCUCACAAGCGUUUAUUUCUUGUUGGACGCAUAGGCCUUUAUAGUACUCUUCAAAGUAUGAGAAUUUGGGAAUUGGAUCAUGCAAAGAUAGUGUGGGUGGAGAUAAGUAGGAUGCCACCGAAAUAUUUUAGAGCUCUUUUGAGGUUAUCAGCUGAGAGAUUUGAGUGCUUUGGACAGGAUAAUCUGAUCUGCUUUACAUCUUGGAAUCAAGGAAAGGGGCUUCUUUAUGAUGUAGAUAAGAAGAUUUGGUCUUGGAUUGCAGGCUGUGCUCUUCAGUCGUACAAUAGCCAGGUUUGUUUCUAUGAGCCACGGUUUGACGCUUCCAUCUAUUAGGUGGUGAAUUUUGCUCCAUGCUAUCAAUUAUUCAAGGGUUUGCGGGGGGUUAUCAUUUUCAACCAGCAUUCUUUUUUUUCUAUAACACCCCUUCUCCGGUUUAAUGCAUCCAUGAGUUCAGCUUAUUCAGAUUUGGCUGGUAUACUAUUUUCUUAAUAUCUGAUGUUCCUGAAGAUUUAAUGCUGGCAAGCAAGUUGUUCAUAACCCAAGAAAGCAGGUUUAAUUUGCAAGAUUUUCUACCUGACAAUUGGUAAUAUAAUCCACUACCAGGGUGUUGUAAAGGGUAUUGCUUGAGUAACAUUGUAGUUGGAUGAUUGGAAAAGAGCUGAACUUAUUAGAGGAAUUUCUCUGUGGAUGUUGAUGAGUGGAAAAUAAUUAAUGUUUGGCAGGGUUUGUGGCCAUGUCAUAGAAGAGAUUAUAAAUGUUUUGAUAGAUGAAGAAAGAUCCAGGGAGGCUGGCACUGGGAUUUUGAGAGUUGAGUAAGGCAGUUGUUGACUGAAGUGACCAAGUUGUUGACCCGAUCAAUGCAACUGUAAUUGCCACUCACCAAGGAUAGCUGGCUGGUAUGCAUCCAAGUGGCCCAGAGCCAACCAGCACCAUUUUCCUUGCUCCCAACUCUCUGGAAAUAGCGGAAACACUGAACUCAAAGAGGCCUGCAUGUAAGCAAUGCUUUAAAUCUUCGUUAGCCACCACUAUCGACGCAUGGUGCAUCAUCAACACUGCUUGGGAGUUGUGAUUGACGUUUCCAAGCCACGAAUCAAAUGUUGACAUUAUUGACGUGUGGUCAUUUCCACAUUUUUGUCGAAACUAAAAUGUUAAAUUUCGUUUUACAAAUUUUUUGUUGAAAUUUUUAUGAGUGAUCUGAUUUAGAUAUUCUAACAAAAAUUGUCAAAAA